UUUCUUCAAUCCCAGGUAUGCGUCGUCCUCCUAGCCGCCAUGGCCCUCGCCGCCCCCGAGGGCAAGCGCGACAAGCGUGGUUUCCUCCACGGAGACCUGGACCUCCACUCCAGCUCGCUGGACUUCGGCCACGGCUACGACUCCCUGGACGUGCACAGCGCGCCCAUCAUCCACAGCGCACCCUCUGCCAGGAUCGUGUCUGUUAACAAGCUCGUUCAAGUCCCCAAGGUGGUCUCAGUCCACAAGCUAGUGUCCGUCCCCAAAGUUGUGUCGGUCCCCAAGAUCGUGCAGGUGUCCAAGAUCGUGGAGGAGCCCCACUACUCGUUCUCUGCCCCGCACUACUCUCUCCCCGCCGCCCACUACUCCCUCCCCUCCUACUCCCUCGGCUCAUCCUACGCCUCCGGAUUCUGGUGAACACCUGAAUAGUCAAUGUUUAGCCAUAAAUUUCUUAAAAUAACUUUUUUACAAACUAUAGCCAAACUUUAGAGCCUGAUUAUAAUGUCCUGACAUACAUUUUAAAUCUUAAUCUUCUAUUUACAUAUAGCAAUUAUACUUUUGUACCUACUCUUCUAGAAAAUACGUCCAAUGUGUGAUCAGUCUCUAAAGCUUUACUCUGUAUAAGGAGUAGUCGUGGCGAGUGUAUCACUCAUCACCGAUGGUCUCCGAGGCUACCACCAAAACUUUAUUAAUUUUUUAAGAAUAUACUUUAUUUUUUUUA